GAUACAGGCAGAGAGAGAAGCAGGCUCCACGCAGGGAGCCCCAUGCGGGACUGGAUCCCAGGAUUCCAGAAUCACAUUCUAGACCGAAGGCAGGAGCUAAACCGCUGAGCCACCCAGGAAUCCCUGGAGCUGCGAAUUUUGAGCAUGGGUUAAAUGCUCAGCACCAUGGGUUAAAUCAAUUAUUGCCAAGAAUUUGGAAACAAAAUUAAAAGGGCCCUUGCUUGUAACUGCUGUACUCGGUGAUAGUGGAGUUGUUAUUCCUUGGAAGGAUGACCGUUUCUGCUCAACCCAAAGUUCUGUCACAGAAGGAUCCCAUGCUGCAGUGGGAGUAAGGCAUGUCUGGAGACAAAUUUCCAAAGGAAACUUGCCUUCUUAUUUGAGGGAUCCUGUCACAGAAAUGUGUGAGUCCUUGGAUAAAUUUGGCUUGGUGACGGCAAUGCUUCCUUCAGAGACACUGCUACUUCCUCUGUGCUCCUUUUCUACCUCUACCCUGACCUAAGUUUCUCAGUGUCAGUCCCUCUGCUAAGUCAGAGGAUUUGCCCUUUUCAUACUUUCCUGCCACUAGAUAUCCUUUCCUUUCUUUUAUCCCUUUUAGGAGGAACUGGGGCUGGAAGUGUCAACAAUUGUGACCAAAAAGGAGAUGGGGACCCCAGGAGCGAUACUCCUGGUAGUGUAGCCUUAGCCGCAAUUGGGUUCUUAUCUGUGUUGCUGUUGGCAGAAUUUUCAGAAGCUGCUGGGGGAUGUCUGACUAGCUCGAUGGAGCUCCACUGCCUUGCUAAGAAGAGCAGCCAGGCGGUCCUGUGUGAUGCUGCAGACUGGCAUUCAGGAGGGCUUCCUGGUGACCAGGCAGAUGCAGCAGCUGUCAAAGCUGCUCUCUGCUGCCAGAGACACUGUAUGUCGACACCCAGAGCAGCUGAGACAGAAGGAUCUAAACUUCGCCCUUCUCCAGCAUCCCCCUCCUCCUCCCUGCAAGACAGUGCUAUUCAGAUAGACUCUUUGCCGCCAGGACCUCUCAACUCAGGGAACAACCAAAUAACGGCAGGCCGGAAAGUCUGCAACUGCUGCAGCCAGGAAUUAGAAACUUCUUUUACCUGCGUGGAUGAGAAUGUCAACUUAGAGCAAAAGAACCGAUGUUCCCUUUCAGCAAAAGGAAGCAGUCAUCUGGGAGACCUUGGCUGGGGAAAUCCAAAUGAGUGGUCCCAUGAGCCUGCCAUAUCCUUGAUAUCUGAAGAUGAGGAUGAUGUAAGUUCAGAAGCCACAUCUUCAGGGAAGUCCGUAGACUAUGGUUUCGUCAGUGCCAUCUUGUUCUUGGUCACUGGCAUCUUGCUGGUGAUCAUCUCUUACGUUGUCCCACGGGAAGUGACUGUGGAUCCCAACACCGUGGCAGCCAGGGAGAUGGAACGCUUGGAAAAGGAGAGCGCGAGGUUGGGGGCUCACCUGGACCGCUGUGUGAUUGCAGGACUCUGCCUGCUUACGCUUGGGGGGGUCGUUCUGUCCUGUUUGCUAAUGAUGUCUAUGUGGAAAGGGGAGCUGUAUCGUCGCAACAGGUUUGCCUCUUCCAAAGAGUCUGCAAAACUCUACGGUUCUUUCAACUUCAGGAUGAAAACCUGCACUAAUGAAAAUACCCUGGAACUGUCCUUGGUAGAGGAAGAUGCUCUUGAUGUACAGAGUUAAUUCUGGUUGUGAACCUAGUGAGAAUCUGCAUUAGCAUUUUAUUUGAAAAGAAACCACAUUUCUUAAAAUGAACAGUGCAGUUUAUUUGCUUAGCGAGAUAGGCUUAUUUCCCAAACCAACAGCCAGUGAGUGUUUUGGUUCUAUAUGUAUUUUUUAUUUAGAAGAAAAGCUGUGUAAGAUGCAUUAAGAAACUACAACCAGCUACACCUGUCCAUCUAAAGAACUGAGAUUAAUCUAUAAUGGCCAUCAGUUUCUAUUUCUAUAGCAAAAUAUUUCUAACAACCAGUGUACAAAUGAUUUCUUUUACAUGGUAUAUGGGGUAUUAUUCUUUGGACAUUAGGAGGUCCUACACACAGUAGGACCAAUUAGUAACAUUUUAUGAAAUAGAACUUAAGUAUUAAUCAUUAAUAAGGCUUACAUUUAAUUCUCAAAGGUGCUUAUCCAUUCUCUUGCUAAUUCUUUUCUUCUUUUAAAUUGGCUGAACACUAAAAUACAGGGUUUUGAAUUUGAAGCUUGAGGAUGUUGAUUAUUUUUUAAAAUGCAAAAACAAAUCUGUUAUAUUUAAAAUUACUCCUGUGCUCAGAAGUGGUAACUAAGUCAUUAGAAUCAACUUUCUAGGAAAAAAAUAUAAAUCAUUAUAAGACUAAUCUUAAUUUAACCCAGAACGGUAGUGCCAGAUUUUAGCCAGUGUUGCAUGCUCAUUCUCUAGAUGAAGUAAAAUUAGUUGCUCAUAUAAAUUCCAUUUUCUUUUUGUGGUUUAGCCAUCAUACUGGCCACCCAGGCUCUAGAAUUCUUUCCUGGUUCUCACACCAGAGAGCCAAAGCAUAAGACGUUCAUAAUAUAUUUCCAGACAUAAACCUCUAGGCAGGUCUGAGUCAUGAUUGGCUCACACACACCCACGUGAUGUUUUGUUGUUGUUCGGAGAAAUACAAUUGCAAUACAAUUGCAGCUAGACUCUUAUUAGAGACUGUGCCUAGAAGCUGGUAUCACUUACUCUAGGCCAAGCAACAAGCCAUUGCCAUUGCCCUAGGAUGGCAGCAGUCCUUAAGCCCACAGCUAAAAAAUUAGAAGAACAGCAGAGAGAAAGAGUAAACACAGAGAUUCAGUGGGAACUGCAUCCUCACCAAAACUUAUCACCUCCUAACAGUGGUCUAAGUAUCAUUCUUCUUUUUUUUUUUAAUUUUUCAAUUUUGUUUAGAGAUUUAUUUAUUUAUUAGAGAGAGAGAGAGAGAGAGAGCACAGCAAGGCAGGGAGGGGCAGAGGGAGAAGCAGACUCCCCACUGAGCAGGGAGCCUGAUACGGGGCUCAAUCCCAGGACCCUGAGUUCAUGACCUGAGCUGAAGGCAGACGCUUAACCUACUGAACCACUCAGGUGCCCCAUAAGUAUCAUUCUGAGUUCCUCAUCCAUGCCCUCAGUAACUGUGAAAUCUUGCCUCAUAACAUUCAAACUUGCUCGAUGAGAUUCAUGAUGAGCAAAGUGGUCACAACUUUGCAAAACACAACCAGUGUCCACACUAUCUCUGUACCAUUAUGGUUCAGAAAGGAGUAGAAAAGACAGGCUCAGAAACAGCUUGUAUUUUACAGUUAAUCCUUGAGGUGUUUCCAUCCUUCCACUGUAAGAGUUGUUUGAACUUCCAAACAAACAGGGGUCAUUCGUAAAGAGGACUGGAACUUGGAACUUUGGAUGGAAGGGCAGAAAUGGGGAAGUGAGAACACAAUUUCUUGAUAGAUUCUAAAGCCUAAUUCUAAUGCCUAAAGUUUUUGUUGUUUUUGAGGAUUGUGGAAUACGUGGAUGACUUUGGCUGGCAGAGUGUGUGACUCAGGACAUUUAUGUGAAUGAGUUCUUGUGGCCGUCAGAGAUUGAUCUGAUGAGUUACAUACAUUGUGUGUUACUAAGGAUUUAAGAUGAAAUGGAAAAAGAAUCAGAGGAUACUAAAAAGGGAGAGGGCAGGCAUGUGAAAGAAUUAUUAGGUAAAAAUGAGAAAUUACAUGGACAUCAGAAAAAGCUUGAUGUAGCUCAAUUUGAAAAAAAUUGGGAGAAUGUAAACAUGAUUUUUGCUAUCUAUUGCUGGGUCGUUGUGCUUUCUGAACAAAGUUUUUGUUUUACUGUGACUCUCAUGUCAUGAUUUAUGUUGAAGUUGACUUAUCAACAGUAUAAAUUUCAUAUUCUGAAGGUUUAUAAAUUGUCAGAUUCUAGCUUGUUUAGGGAUCCUCUUUACAUGGAAGUUGAGGCAAUAAGUUAAUGAUAUCCUUGGCUGGGUGAGUAGGUCUGAGCUGUGUGUCUUUUGUCUUUUUAAAAAAUACAUUAAAAAAGUACAUGCUUAUUCUUAGAAGCUAAGUGGGAUCAGCUGAGUUUUGUUUUAUUUAUUGGUGAAACAUAGUUAAUUAGCUAAAUUGCAGACUAAAUUGAAUUAAGGUACAGCCCGAUUUUCAGCUCAUGAAGGAAGACAAAUUUGAGAAUCAAGUGUUAGGAAGUUUUUCAAUUUUGUAAAACUGGAUAAAGGAGAAAAUUCUGAAAUUUUUCAUUGGGAAACAUUUAAUGAAUCUUAACAGCGCUACCAAAUUACAUACAGUUCUGAUGUGAUCUAAAGGAUACACAUAUCUCCCAUUAUAUCUAUUUGAGUUCUAAUAAGGAUAAGAUAUGCACAAGGAAAGACCUAACAAGUCAGAAUGCAUUUCUUCCUCUCCUUUCUUAAAAUUUUAAAAUUGAAAUAUUAUAAUUAAUGCUUAUUUAUUUCAACAACAUUAUUUAAAUCUGUUCACGUAUAGGACACAUCUCUUUUAAGGUUCUACUUAUGUGAUGGCAGACCAUUACUCCAAAAAGAACCAAUUCAGAAAAUCAUCUGGGUGUCUCCUUUAAUGCUGUGUUGACAAAGUUCAGCUAACUGCCUUAAUCCGCUUCCCUCCAGUAUUCAGUUGGGUAGCUCUUGUCCAUCCUAUCAGUGCCUGAAUUCAAGAUGAGGAUUACUUGAAUUUAAAAUCAUGGUAACACAGGCAACAAAAACCCCCUGAACUUUAAGACUCUUUUGUUUCCAACCUGAGUCAGAGGUUUUUGGCUCUAAAUGUCUUUAUUUAGAAGUACUUUGGCAAGAUCAGGUGAUAAACGUUAUAGAUAUUGAACCGAUGAUGGCUGUGGUCUUGCUGGUCUUGGAUCCUUCAUGGAUAUUAUGACCUUACAUCUAUCUCUUGAACAUGGUGCUGGUUGUUGUUAUGAGAGUUUCUAUUGCUAGAACUGCAACAGCAACUUCUUUCAGAGGUCCAUGUUUAGGUCUUUAACUUUCUAUCAGGUUUCAAAAAACUAAACUGUAAGUCACUUUCCUAAUCUUAAAAGAAAGCAGCUCAUUCUUUAGCAGUGUGGUCCAGACGGGUGAAUACCAGAAAGAAAGCUGACUUUCUCCGGUACCAGCUGGGAUCUACAUGCUGCUUAUGGACAGUUUAAUCUUUCUAAUAACUUUAGUAAACUGUUCCUUUGUAGGGCACCUUAAACUGUUUAUAGUAGAGCUGAAUGUUUUCUCUGCAAUGCUGAGGGUCCUUUCUAGCCAUUUAGAGCUCCAGAAGCAGACCACUUACUGGCCUCCUCAGAGGAAGAAUGUCUUUUCUCUAGGCUUCCCAUUUCAUAACUGAUUUAUAGUUUAGAGGAAUGUAGGACUGCUUAGUGCCAUGAAAUUCUUGGUGGCUGUGGUGCUUUUAUCCAUACAACUGCUAUGCCCCUUGGUUCUAUUUUACUAGAUACCUGCCUGGUAUCAAUAUCACAUGCUUUGCUGUCUGCUUAAAAUAUCUGAGUCCAUCCCUCUCAUACUUAUUUGUUUUGGGGACCCAAUUGAACCAAUGCUCGCACAUGUCCUUUGAGGUGCAAAUUUAGACAAAGAGACUGCCCUACUAAUUGUGCCUUCGUUUUGCCUCCCAGUGUAAGGAUAGUGAUUGAGUGAGCACUAUGCCAGUUGAGUGUCAGGAAUUAGGGUCUGAACCCAAGUGGCUCUACUUUUUGUUACUUCUUUGUGACAGGCAGAAAUUCUAGGCAACAGCAUUUGAACAUUUCAGCCUUCAUAUGUGCGAGAGGCUUAUGCAAAACCUUACCGGAUUAAUCAUCUAAAGUUAAAGAAAAAAAAUGUUCUAUAUAUUUAUUAGGAGCAGGUUUUUCAAUCUGAAGGUCAGAUUCCAUUGCAGCAAUUACUGCUACCACAAAAAUGUGGUCUGACAAAAGAGAUUCACAACCUUCACCAGUGGUUCACCUAUUCAACAAGAUUUAAUACCACCAGCUAGAUUCCACUGUGACAAACGAAUAAGACAGAUCUUUAUAGUUCUCUGCAAUGGGGUUUGACCUUUCCCAGAAUUGGGCAUAAAGAAUGACUACAAUGAAAAGAAUUAUAAUGAACUCUCACUGGCUUUACCCAGUAUAAAAGGGUUCAUAAGAAAGAGAAUUAACAUAUCAUUAUCUUUCAGCUGAUUUUCAGCUAUAUCAUUUUAUGGUUCAUAGUAUUCUAAAAUAUUCUCUCCUUCCAACUUUAUGGGCAGAAGCCUUGGGAAAUAAUUUGCCUGAUUUGUGCACUGACACUGUAAAACAUAAGAUGUUUUUUUAAAUAUGUAAAAUUGACUUCAAAAAUCUGUGGCUUACACUUAAGAGCAUACCUGUGGUUUAUGUUUGUUAGUGUGUAAAUUUAUGUCCAAUCAAGUCUCUGUAUGUAUUAGAAGAAUGUUUAUAAUUAUAGAACUGUAAUAUCCAAAGCUAUUGUUAGAAUAAUUUUCUUAGAGGAGAUUUGGCAUGCCUUAAUGUUGACUUUAAGGACAAGAGAAGUCUUUCACAGGUCAUGAAUGAAGAAUUUAGAAUCAACCUCAGAAUGAGAUGCCAUAGUUACGUAGGUCUCUUUUGGCUGUUCAGCAUCUCACAGAUGUUUGAUUUAUUUUUUUAACUGUGCAAUUUCAGGCUCAUAAGAGUGUGGCAUAUUUAGAAUUUAUCUUAUCAUGAAUUAAUAUUUUAUUUCAAGGAAAUAUGGGCAGCAGAAAGUAUUUUCCUUUGCUCCAAGUUUUAGUAAUUCUCCUGUGUUUCAGGAAGAAAACAGCCUUAUUUUCCCACUGCCAUCUUCCUGCUUCCUAGCCAGGCUGGGAAGAAAUGUUGUACAAGAAAACAAAGAUGGAUUAUUGCUGUACAGUAUAUUUGAGAGUUUCUAUUUUGUGGCUCUCAUCGUGCUUUUAAUUUUAUUUUUCUUGCCAAAUAAGAAAAAUAAUUUGAUGUUGAUUAUGUGUUUUAAUAUGCAAAAAGGGCAGUUAUUAAGGUUAUGGGCUUUUUUCUUAGGGCAUGUGAUGCCUUAUAUGUUAAUAGCAAGUGUGUCAUAUCAUUUUAAAAUAAAACUAUUUAUUAAGAUA